GUAAAGAAACAAAUUUUGGUUUCACUGCAACAAUUGACACGACUGGUAUUAACAGCAAUGCUAGAAAAAAUGAGAGUAUAAAUGUACCAGUGAGUAAAUGGAAUAUGGAUAUAACAACUUGUCCAACAAAAGGAGUGCAAUGGUCUUAUUCAUUUAAUGCUAAGGACUUUUAUAAAGCUGGUGCCCAUAGAAAAACUAUUAAUUUACAACUUCAUUCUGGUUGUUGGUAUCCCACACGUAAGAUGAAGGGGUUUUACAUUACCAUAGUUCAAGUAUUGCGUUGUGAGCUUAAGCCUAAGCCUAAUGUUUUCAGCUUCAAAACUAAACCAGAGAUAAUAAAGAAAUGCCCGCAAAUAGUCCAUACACUUAAAAUUUCCUUUAAUGAUAUAACAAAUUUUAAUGAUAAAUUCGCGGAACUAUCAAAAAGUCUACACAUGGAACAUGAAGAAAUUGGUAUUAUGUUGGGAAAAAAUAGUUUAUCUUCGAUGAAUGAUUCUCAAAAAGCGGGAAUUAUGGGUAUUGAUC